AGCCCCAGGUUGCGGCUCUAAAGAGGCCCCAGUCAGUAACCAGCCAUGAGCUGUGAGGGUCAAACCUGCAGACUACGCUAAACUCAGCUACCCAUAGGACCAUCCACCUACUGCCUUCCUGAGUCCCAGGAAAGAGAAGACAGGUGGCUCUACCCUUGGCCAAGGGUAGGUGUGGCACCGCUGUCUGCCUCUGCUGCGCCCUCAUUGGCCUCCACGCAAUCAGAUCAACAGAAGGAGCAACUGCCAUCCAAGGCUCCUGACCCAGCCCAGGGCCAUUCACCAGGAGCAUGGGGCUCCCUGAUGGCCAGCGCCAGCUGGUGCUGCUGUGGGCACUGGUGUGGGCACAGGGGGCAGGGUCUGUCUGUCCCUCCUGCGGAGGUCCCACACUGGAGCCCCAAGCGGAACGUGCUCUGGUCCUGGAGCUAGCCAAGCAGCAGAUCUUGGAGGGGCUGCACCUGACCAGUCGUCCCAGAAUAACUCACCCUCCACCCCAGGCAGCGCUGACCAGAGCCCUCCGGAGACUGCAGCCAGGAAGUGUGGCUCCAGUGAAUGGGGAGGAGGUCAUCAGCUUUGCUACCAUCACAGAGCCUUCCACUUCCGCCUGCAGCUCCGUGCUCACCUUCCACCUGUCCACAGCUCAGUCCCGGCACCUGUACCACGCCCGCCUCUGGCUGCGUGUGCUCCCCACCUUUCCCGGCACUCUUUCCUUGAGGACCUUCAGGUGGAACCCAGGCAGGAGGCGCCGAGAGUCGCGCACCCUCCUGGCGGAGCACCAGAUGACAACCCCAGGCUGGCACGCCCUGACUCUGCCCUCUAGUGGCUUGAGGGGUGAGGCGUCCGCUGUCCUGAAACUCCAGCUGGUCUGCAGACUCCCAGGAGGCAACGCCACGGCUGCCCCACAGUGGCUCGUGGACACGGCGGGAGAUGAGCGGCCCUUCCUGGAGCUUAAGAUCUGGUCCAAGGGGCCUGGAGCAGGCCGCACCAGGAGGAGGACCCCUACCUGUGAGCCCGAGACCCCCUUAUGUUGCAGGCGAGACCAUUAUGUAGACUUCCGGGAACUGGGAUGGCGGGACUGGAUCCUGCAGCCGGAGGGGUACCAGCUCAAUUACUGCAGUGGACAGUGCCCCCCUCACCUGGCAGGCAGCCCGGGCAUUGCUGCCUCCUUCCAUUCUGCUGUCUUCAGCCUCCUCAAGGCCAACAACCCUUGGCCCUUGGGUACUUCCUGCUGUGUUCCUACUGCCCGAAGGCCCCUCUCUCUCCUCUACCUCGACCGUGACGGCAAUGUGGUCAAGACAGACGUGCCAGAUAUGGUGGUGGAGGCCUGCGGCUGCAGCUAGCAAGAGGACCUGGGGAUUUGGAGUAAAGAGAUCAGUUGGGGGUUCCCAGGCAAAGGGCAUCUGUGGCUGGAGACAUUAGAUUCCUGAUCCACAGCCCCACCCAAUGGGUGGGGUGGCAGUAUGACUGGGUUGACCCCUAGGGGACCUGAAUGGGCACGUGCUCGUCCAGACUCUUGCCUAUUCCAGGUUGAUGUGUGGGGAGAUGGGGAAGGUGUGUCCUCUAAAGGAAUCUACCCAGAAAGCAUGAUUGCUUACUCUAACCCCUAUGAAAAGAUGGCAGAGGUGAGGGAGGGACAGAGGGAGGGAAGGAGAAGGCAGAGAAAAAUUACUUCGUCUUUCUCAAGAAGAGAAAGUCCUCAAGUGAGGGGAGGAAGAAGCAGACCAAGAUCCCAGCAGGCUUGGGACAGGGGAAACAGGCUGGCCAAGGGUAGGAACUUUGGAAGAGCUCUAAGGGAGCGUCAAGAAAGAGAUAGGCAAAGGGCUAAGAGGAGGUGUGUGGGAGAGCCCCAGAACUGGGAGUCAGGAGAGAGGGGUGCUGAGCCCAAGAAGUUCCCUGUUUUUUUUUUUUCCCAGCGGGGGACAGGACGCACUGGGGAGACAAAUGUUUAUACUUUCCUAAUAAAAAUGAGGGGAAAACCCAACAAGUAUGAGUCAUAAAGAAGGGCUGGGGUGAUAGUCUAAAGGGAUAGGUUUUCAAGGUAAGGUCUGGGGACCCCUGAAAGGUCCCUUGAGACCCUUUCAGGAGUGUUCACAAGGUCAAAACUACUUUUAUAAUAACACUAAGAUGUUAUUUGCCUUUUUUAUUUUCAUUUUCUUAAAAGUAUACGGUGGAGUUUUCCAGAGGCUAUGUGGCAUGUGAUUACAUCAUCUUUCUGACAUCAUUGUUAAUGGGAUGUGUGCUUGUGUACCCUUGUGUUACAAACUUUUUUUUCAGUUUAAUUUCUAAUAUAGUAAAUUGAU